UGCAAGGGUUGACGGUUGUUCGCGUAGAGAUUUCGUGGAACUGUUGCGAGUGUGACGGUGGUACAGUUGGAGCAAGAGCGUGGCAGAAGCGAAGAAAAGACGCACGCACAUGGUCGGGUUGCAUGGUAAAGUGCUUGUUACGGUAAAAGUACCUUGCUGGCUGACUGAACGUGUCACCGAGGUGUUCACAACGUGUUCUCCAGCGACGCACACAGCGCUGCAGCGGAAAAAUCCUGCAGUCGAGACCGACUUCGGGAGGAAAAUUUAUUUCUUCAGCAGAGUACACGAAUCCAAUCGAUCGCCAAUGUCAGAGAGGCACGAAAAAAAAAAAAAGAAAAAUGGCACCGACCAUCGCAAGAAUCAGCAAACGUGGCGAAAAGCGAAGCGAAGAAAAUUGCUUCCUCUCUAUUUCCAAUUCCUCGGCAAUCAAUCUCUGCAAUCUCAGUUAAUAGACUAGAACCAAGCCAGAUAGUAAACUAGGAAUCAUUUUCUUGCGUGUAAUCGGAAACUUAGAGAAACUGGACGACGACGACGACGACGACGACGACGACGACGACGACGACGACGACGACGACGACGACGACGACGACGACGACGACCAAGUAAGAUAUGAAGCUAGUAGCUAGCCUUGA